CGUUUGAAGGCGUCUCAGGAGGAGCUCAGCACAACAGAGGGAGCUGCAGGUGUUGUUUGUCAGCCCGGUAACCCAGGAGACGGAGGAGCAUCAGACCUGCAAGGCGGAGAGGGAGUAAAGAGGAGGAGGAGAGAGAGACACAUCCUGCUGGAUAUGAAGUCUGACUCCGAGGUCACACCUUCCUCCUGAGUUUGACCUCCUGAUGACGCUCAGUCUGGGCGGGUCUGGGUCUUUCUUGGUCACCUGACGUUCCAUCGUGGCCCCGCCGCUAUGCCCUACCUGGCUCACACCGCCCACUCCCAGCUCGGCGCCCUCUGGAUGGGCUGCGUCGGCUGGACACUCAUCGCCGUGGCUCUGGGGCUCAUCCAGUGGAGGGUCUGGCUGGUGUCCGACAGGGAGGUCAUCAGCUCCGGAGUGGCGUGGGUGGGCUUGUGGCGGGCCUGCUUCAACAGCCACCACACGGUGACCCCCGGCUUCGUGGUCAUGCACUGCAGGUACAUGAGCCUGACCGAGGCCUUCACGCCGCCGGAGAUCGCAGCAGGUCAGGUGCUCAUGUUCCUGUCAUUAAUCGUGGGGCUCUGUGGGAACGCUGGCGGCGUUUAUGCCAUGAGGAACGUCUACUUUGGGAUGGCGAAGGACUCUCCAACACGCCUGGCGUUCGUCACCACGGGUGUGCUGUGCCUGAUAGCUGCAGUGAUGUCACUUGUACCUCUCCUGUGGAACCUGAGCUCGGUGGUGACCAAUCAGACCAUCAAGUUCCCCCCGAAGUUCAAAAUGCCGCAGACGCCUGACUCUCAACACGUGGGGUGCGGCAUCGGGGUGGGGAUGGUGGGUGCGGUCCUGAUGGUCGUCUCUGGGGUCAUCUUCUGUAUGUACAGGUUACCAGUGAGGUCACAGCACCUGGACGGGUCACAGCCAGGGACUGACGGCGGGGGGGCGCAGGGAAAACACAACCCAGCGUUUGCUGACGGCGGGGGGGCGCAGGGAAAACACAACCCAGCGUUUGAUUCUCACGAAAGCUUGUGA